AUGGACACGAGGGCAAGGACUGCCAGCACGUAUGGACAGAAGGGCUUCCUAUGGGCGCCCACUAGUUCGGGCAACCUGCCAGCCUCACAGCCCCACAGCCACCUCUCCGGGCAGGGGGAGGAGACACCUGCUGGAGAGUUCCUGGAGGUUCCAGUCCAGCCAUCACCGCCGGCUGAGGCCCCACAGCCUCCCGCCAAGCCGAGGCGCACGUGGGCGGAGACCACAAAGCCUCCCCCGCCGACCCCCCCCCCCACGCCACCCCAAGGCCAGGGCCUCCCGGCAGAGGGAGUGAACCACAGGGCCACGCGGAUCCCCGGCUCUCCCGCCCCGGGCCCGUGCGCACCGGGCGGCAACGAGCGAGCAGCCCUCCGGCGGCGUCUGGGCCGCGGGGAUCGAGGGGCUGCCGUGCCGGGAGCCCGCGCGUCCUCCACUCCCACUCCAGGGCGCCGGCGGUCCGGGACCCCACCUGGAGGGCUGGGGCGGCGGUGGGCACCAAGGUCUGAGGAGGGCGCAGGAGCCGAACGGGGCCGGACCACUACUCACCCACAAACAGCCGCCGGGAGGUCGCGGGAGUCGGAGGAACAGGCAGAGGCCCCAGGCGCGCGGCACGCGGACUUCCUCUAUCUCGGCCCCGCGCUCCCGCCCACCGCGCCCCGUGGUCCCGCCCACCGCGCCCCGCGCCCCCGCCCACCGCGCGCCCGCCCACCGCGCGCCUCCUCGACCGAGCCCUCUGCGAAGCUGGGGCGCCGGGCGGAAGGAGGCACCCGGACUUCGCCGGGCAGAGAAGCUGAUAUACAGUGGCGGCGACCUUGGCUCUAUUCAUAA